GACCCAGAGAAAUCUACACAAAUUCAGAACCGUUUGGAUUAAGUGGGAGCGAAGGAAGAGAGGAAGGAAUGGCGAGCCCUGGCAUCUUAGGAGAGGUAUAAAUUUACGCAAGGAGUUCUGCAUCUCAUCAGUCAUCUGUCUUCAGAGUGUUGGUUCAUUCAUUCCCUUGAGUGAUCAUCAUACAGCGAUACAACUGUGCACGUUUCGAAAUCGUUUCAAGCCUCGCUCGAUAUUCUUUUCGUUGAGUUCCGUUGGAUUAAGGCGGGAGCGAUGGCUUUGAUUCCACGGUCAUUCGGAAACAGCGUGUUCGACCCUCUCUUCGGGAGCAGCAUUUUUGACCCAUUCGAGAACCUGACAGUGAGUCUUUUCGACCGAGCGUUCCCCUCUUUCGAUAAAGAUGUGAGCGCAGUCGCCAACACUCGUGUCGAUUGGCUGGAGACUCCAGAGGCUCAUAUUUUCAAAGCAGAUCUUCCUGGCAUGAAGAAGGAGGAGAUCAAAAUUCAAGUGGCAGACGAUCGGGUCUUGAGCAUCAGUGGAGAGCGCAACAAGGAGAAAGUGGACCAGAAAGACAACUUCCGACGAUCCGAGCGUUCUUUCGGCAAAUUCUAUCGGCAGUUCAAGCUGCCGUCAAAUGCCAAAACUCAAGAAAUUUCCGCCAGAGUGGAGAACGGCGUGCUUACCGUCACAGUCCCUAAGACUGAAGAGUCCAAGAAGAAGUCAGAAGUCCGAACCGUCGAGAUCACCGGUUAGGAACGCGGUUGAAGAGUAGAAAGGCUGCUGCGGAUGAUCGUUUUUUCUCUCUUCACAUCUUACGCUAGUGCGAUUGGAUUGCAAGUGAUUGCUUGUGAGCUUAGAUGUUCGUGUUAUUGAACCAUGGUACCACAGCGACAAGUCCAUGCUCACAUUCUUCAGGGCAGGAAAAUACUCAUCCAAUAGUACAUGUAAAUCUACAGGCUUUGAUCCUCAUGAGGUUCAUCUCGUUGUAACUUGUAAGUGUUUCCAAUCAGUCUUCCAAUAAAUCAUCUCUUUCAAGGAUUUUAAUGCUCACAAGGGGCGUCCCUCAAGCUCAUUACUAAGACGAUCAUGCAUCUGAAUAUUUACUUGUCCCUGCAUUUAGUGCCUCUGCACGUAUAUCAUCUAUUCUCGUCAAGAUCUGUCGCCCCUAGCUAAACGUGGGAGUCUGGAUAGUCAAAAGCACCUG